AUGCCAAUGAAAGCCCUGCAGUAGCCACUAUCGUUGGCCCCCCUUCACCUUCUCGGCUCCUCGCGAAGCCCAUGGAGUGUAGCAUCCGGAGUUCGUCUCUGGUGCCACCGAGACCGUUGUCUGGCCAUGGAGUUCCCUCGAUUACGGCGAGGUUUCGACUGCCGAGAUUGAAGGCCUCAAUCAAACGGAGCGGUGUUGUUUUCUGCCAAGCGACGGGAUCUUGGGACAAGGGUUUUGGAAAUGGGAUCCCGAGAGUCCCCGGCCAGGUUUUUGUUGAAGAGGCAAUUGGAGCUGAAUAUGGAGAAGGUUUUGAAACAUUUAGAAUGGAUGGGCCACUAAAGGUUGAUGUGGAUUACCUAAAUGAUAGACUACAAGAGUGCUUUCUCCAACGAGUAAGACAUUCUAUGAAGCCAGAUGAAGCUUUUGGUCUUAUCUUCUCAUGGGACAAUGUCAUGGUGGACACACGGUCUUUGAAAUUAAAUGUUUGGAAACAGCUUGCUUCAGAAGAGGGAAAAGAACUUCCAGAGGAUAUGCAUACACGCAAGCUCAUUCUUCAUGCAGCUGCUGAUCAUGUUCUGAGAAAGGUUUUAUGCUGGGCAGAAGAAGAAAGUGAAUUGGAAAGACUGAAGUCGCGGUUGUUAAAGUUAUAUUAUGAGAACCUUCUGAAGCUAGAUAAACCAAUUGAAGGAUUAAAAGUGUGGCUAGAUGCAAUUUAUACAGCAGGCAUUCCUUGUGCCAUUGUAUCAAGCCUAGAUCGUAUGCAUAUGCAUGAAUGCUUGCAGAAGAUGGGCUUGAAGAAGUAUUUCCAGGCUUUUGUCACUUUAGAAGAUGGGAUGGAGUCCAUAGCUCAUCGAUUUCUCUCAGCUGCCCUGAAAAUGGACAGGAAGCCCUCCAAGUGUGUAGUAUUUGAGGAUGAUCCAAGAGCCAUUACUGCUGCUCAUAACUGCACAAUGAUGGCUGUAGGUCUGAUUGGUGCUCAUCCUGCGUACGAGUUGGAUCAGGCUGAUCUGGCUGUUGCUAGUUACAGCGAACUCUCUGUGAUCAACCUUAGAAGAUUAUUUGCUCACAAAGGAUCACACUUCAUGGACUUACAGAAGCAGAUCAUAGAUAAGUCGCCACCUAAAAGAAAGCUGAUGACUGACACAAUCUACUAGUCUCACUGUUUUUCUCCCCUUCUUUUUAGUUCAUAUAAACAGGUUAAGCCCCGUACAUAUAUCACCUUCCUUGGUUCCCCAAUCACAGGCUAUGUCCUGUGGCUGGAGUUUUUGCCGUUUUGCAAUUUAAAAACAAAUUAAAAUGUAAUCCAUUUUGCUUUGCUUUUUUUUU